UUAUCAAACAAUCAUCUGUACUAAUGGCGAUUAGAGAAUUGUUGGCAAGCCUGGUAGCUGCAUGCAGCCUCGUGGCUUCAGGUAUGAGUCUGGGUUUCCCUGCCAUUUCAUUGGAUCAGCUUCGAGUUGAAGGCCUUUCUGAAGACGAGGCUUCAUGGUUCGCGAGCGUCCUGUCUGUGGCCCAGAUAUUUGGGUGUCUUCUUUGCGGUCCGCUACUUGAUGCUUAUGGUCGCAAGAUGGCGCUGAUAGUGACAUCCAUCCCGUUUAUUGUUGGCUGGGUUAUCCUUUGCGCAAUGCCCCAACCUCUGCAGCUAGGACUUCUCUUCUUCGGACGAGUCAUGACGGGCGUAGCCUCCGGCAUGGCCAGCAUUCCUGCAGCUAUUUACAUCGGCGAAAUUGCUACCAACAGAUAUAGAGGCAUGCUCGUUACGUGGCCUUCUUUAGGAAUGUGCGUAGGAAUUCUGCUAGUUUAUUUACUUGGCUGGGCAAUCCAAGAUGAUUGGCGUCUCGUGUCUGGGAUCACAAUCGCUCCACCGGUUCUUGCGUCUGUCUUGGCCCUUCUCUGUUUAAAGGAGACUCCUUUCUGGUUACUGACUAAGGGACGGGAGAAGGACGCUAACGAAUCCUUCAGAUGGAUACGUGGAGUCAGUGAGGACCAACUAAUGGCUACUGAGUUGCGAGAAGAAUUUGAAGAAAUGGUUCAAAACGCAAAAAGAAGGGCAGAGAAACAAGACGAUAACUUGCAGAUAUCAACAAUAACAAAUAUUAUGAAGGGUAACCCGACAUCAUCCAGCGGAAAUCGCCACUCACGAUUUCAGAAGGCAUGGAGACACGUGUGUUCUCUGGGAAGCCCGGACGCUUGGAAGCCUCUGGUUAUUCACAAUUUAUAUUUCUUCAUCAUGCAGUUUGGAGGGAUCCAGGUUGUGGCUGCGUACGCGGUGGACAUAAUGAAGUCGGCAGGUGUGACUAUGGACUCUUAUGGGGCCACGGUCCUCCUGGGCGGCGUCCAGACGCUAGGGGCAAUAGGCGCGACUUUUGCCUUCACCAGGUACGGCCGACGCGUUGUUUCUCUGGUCUCAGGGUCAGGGAUGGCCAUCACGAUGAUUGGACUGGGAAUUUAUCUCGAAGUGGCUGACGGGAGUUCCGAUCUGUCAUGGCUGCCUCUUCUGUUAAUUCUGGGAUACAUUGCGUUCGCUAACUUUGGGUUCAACUUGAUUGCGUGGGGGCUGCUGGGGGAGCUGUACCCGACUGCAGUGGCGGGUCUGGCCGGGGGUAUCACUACUUGCUUGGCCAACCUGUUUGGGUUCGCCGCCAUAAAGCUGUACCCUGGAUUCCAGGACGCCCUGAGAGGUGACAGUGCAACAACAGGAGGAGGGUUCUUCUUCUUCGGUGCUGUGGCUUUAGUUGGAACUGUGUUCGUUUUCCUCUUCCUGCCCGAGACGUUCAAGAAAUCCCUGGAACAGAUUGGAGAGGAAUUCCGGCAGCCAUGCCGCAAAAGUGUUUUGUGUUGGUUAAAACAGGACAGGAGCUCCCCCUGCUACAUCCCUUUCCUGCUUGUCAGUCACUGCCCUUCCGUCAUCUCACGUAGUUGUAUUCUGCUGAGCUCUGUCUCCUCAGCAACUCUUCUGUCCUCCGGGAUUAACUUUGGGUUCUCGGCCGUGUCUCUACCUCACCUGCAGGAUCCUGACGGAGCCGACAGGCUGACGGUCGAGGAGGGCUCCUGGUUCGCAAGUAUGGGCUUUGUCUCGAUCCUGGCUGGCUGCCUGACCACCGGGCCCCUGAUGGACUCACUUGGGCGCAAGAGGACCCUUCUCGUGUCUAACACGCCCUUCAUCGUGGGCUGGCUGCUGCUGUGGACGGCUCCGAAACCGGCCCCUGUGGCUCUGCUUUACUUCGCUCGUCUCCUCAACGGGUUUGGCGCAGGAAUGGCGAGUAGUCCAUCUAACAUCUACAUUGCUGAGAUGGUGACCAGUUCCACGCGGUGCAUGCUGGUCACAUGGCCGUCUCUGGCUGUCUCCGUCGGUAUCCUGUUAGUGUACGCUAUGGGAUUCAUUAUCCAAGAAUGGCGAACCGUUGCAGCUGUCGCCGCGUUCGUUCCAGUCAUAACGGCCAUCUUGAUUUUCCUGUGCCUCAGCGAAUCGCCGAUUUGGCUCUUAGCAAGAGGACGUGAAGACGAAGCGAGGAAAUCUUUCGAAUGGAUCCGUAACGUUGACAGCAACGGAAUAACAUCAAUAGACGUUCAGAGAGAGUUCCAGAUAAUAAUGGAAAACAGUAGGAUGUUGAGAGAGAGCGUUAAGAAGGCGUCUCAAGGGCACGCCGAUGACGAACCGUUGUUCAGGAAUGUCGCGAAGACAUACGGGACGGGCGAAGCUGUGAUUCUGCAGGCGAAACGCAAGGAUCUCUGUAACGCAGUGUUGUCGACUCUAAGGCGCUCCGAUGUGUGGAAACCACUCGUGAUUCUGAACUGUUACUUCUUUUUCAUGCAGUUCUCUGGUGUUCCUGUCCUCAUAGCCUACUCUGUGAACAUCAUGAUGAGUGAAGGUGUGUCAUUGGAGCCUUAUCUGGCAACGGUACUUCUUGGAAUCGUCAAACUUUUCUUCGAAAUUGUUGCUGGAUUUGUUCAAAAUAGAUGUGGCAGACGUCCCCUGUCGAUAGGGUCAGGACUAGGAAUGGCUAUAUGCAUGGUGGGCCUAGGACUAUACCAUGAGCUGACUGUGGAGUCCGAUAUGAGGCAGAGGCUGGCCUGGAUACCGCUACUAGUGAUAUUUCUCUAUGUCGUGUCAGCAGCCAUAGGGUUCUUCCUCAUCCCAUGGGCAAUGCUGGGGGAGAUGUAUCCUGCCAAAGUAAAAGGACUCGCCUGUGGGAUCACCACCUUUUUGGGUAACUUAUUCGGUUUUGCGUCAAUCAAGAUGUUUCCAACAUUCGUGGUGCUUAUGGGUGGAACUGCGACCAACGUGAAUUUAAAGUGUACAGAGGGUGUCUUCUAUCUCUACGGAGGGAUUACUUUUGUCGCUGUCCUAUUCAUUUACCUGUUCCUGCCUGAAACGUUUAGGAAAACGCUUCAGGAAAUUUCAGACAGUUUCUCGAAACCUGGAAUUGUCAGUCUGAAACAUCUUUGAGGGUGCGUCAUUACUAAAUAAUUAUGUAUGUCGUCACGUCAUCAUUAGAAACUUACUAGAUUUAUUUUCAAUAUUUGGUGGGAACCAAAAUCACCGUACUACAGAUCUCGUUGAACACACAGGGAAUUUUCUUCUGUAAGGUUGCCUACUCAAGAUAUGACGUACACUCAGAGAUGUUCCAGACAAACUAUACCGAAUGGGGUCCAAUUUGUUCCUGACUUUUAUUUAUUUACGAGAUUCCGUAGGAAUUGUAAAUUGACAUAGAAUCGGUUCCUUCUUCAUGAUUUUGAUGCCAAUGAAAAUAUCAGGCGUUAUGAAUGAAAGAUAUCGCUAGAAUUGAUUAAAAUGUGGCCCUAGGUUACAAAAUGGACUCCAAUAACAACUCGAAAUAUUUCUUAAUAACCACAAUAAAUGUGUAUUGCUACAAAAAUCAUCUGAAAUAAAUUUAUUUCGUUCAUAUGGAAAAAUAAUUCAUUACUUGAGAUAUUUUAGACAAUUCUGAUAUGAGUUAAAAGCAGUAGCAAUAGCUCCGCAGGCCACAGGUUUGCUUUUCCUGUCCUACACUGCCUAGCGUCGAAUGGUAAGAGGGUUGAGGUCUGAUGAAUUGGAAAGGAUCUGGAAGGAAUUGAUCAAUGCCGAAUCGAAGUAGCAUACUUCUUCUAUUUAUUGAAAAAUGGAAGGACACGAACCA